UCCAUACAAUGGGUACAAUACCUGUCAAUCUACCCACUCACGAGCACCCUUUGUUCCCUUCAGCUCGAAAUGUUGCCUUUACAUGUAAAGGCUGCCAUGUGGAAGGAAUCGGCUACGGCGGGUACAAAUGCAAUGAUUACUAUUGUAAUGCUUGGUUCCAUAAGGAGUGCGCCGAGGCCCCAUCGGAGAUCAGCCACCCUUCCCACCCCCAACAUCAACUCUCGCUCACCAAUGACCAUGGAGAUCAUCCAUGUGAUUUGUGUGGACAAAAGUUUUUGUCGCCAUGUUAUAGUUGUUCCACAUGUCAAUUCGCUUUGGAUCUGGCUUGUGGUAUAAGGCCAUCACCGUUUGAAAUUGAAAAUCCUAUAUGUCAUGACCAUUCACUUGUCUUCUUGAAGAAAAAAGAGGAGGAGGCCUCUUGUGAAGUAUGCAAAGAUUCUAUUGCUGGACCUUCCUAUUCAUGUCUCGAAUGCGAUGUGUAUUUUCACGUGGAUUGCGUCAAUCUAUCGAAGGAAGUAAACCAUCCUUGUCAUCCUGUUCAUCCUCUCAUGUUAAUGGAAUCCGAAUCACUCCCAGAGGACGCCAAGAAGACUUGUAUUUUUUGUGAAGCACAACCAGAAAAUGUGCUUUAUCAUUGUUCCUUCUGCAACUUCAGCACAUGCCUUGCUUGUAGCAAAAACCCACCACCCAUUGUUAUGGAGCAUACGAAGACACACAAGCAUCCACUUACUCUCUUUUCGAGGGAAAUCUCAUUUACUUGUAAUGCUUGUGGGAUUGAAGACAACGACAUGAAACCUUAUAUGUGUCUCCAAUGUGAUUUUGUUGUUCAUGGAAUAUGUAUCGGCUUACCCCAAGUCAUAAACAUCAAUCGCCAUGAUCAUCGCAUCUCUUGCACUCAUCAUCUUGGCCAUGCAAACUUGAUAUGUGGAGUUUGUCGUAAAAGUGUAAGUCAGUUCUAUGGGGGAUAUUCUUGCUCAUCUUGUCCUAACUAUACGGUUCAUUCACAAUGCGCAGUAAAAACAAAUGUAUGGGAUGGUGUAGAACUGGAAGGAGUACCUGAGGAUGAAGAAGAUAUUGCGCCAUAUAAGGUGGUGGGUGAUGACCUGAUAUGUCAUUUCAGUCAUGAAAAACAUACUCUAAGGUUCUACAAGGAUAAUAUCAUCCAUGAUGGGCGUACACGAUGUGAAGCAUGUAGCCAGCCAGUCGAGUUUGACCCGAUCUACAGUUGUGAGGAUUGCUGUUUUAUUCUCCAUGAAAAGUGUGCUAAUCAUCCUUUGAAGAAAAGACUUGUCUUUAGCACCAGACCAUUCAAAUUACAAGAAGCAGGUACCGGUGUUCGUAAGGUCUUAGACUGUGCAUAUUGUAGAAUAUUUUCGACUGGUUUUGAAUACACGUCCUUAAUAGCAAAGAAUGUAGACGUACAUUGUGGUUCACUCUCUGAGCCGUUCAUCCAUGAUGAUGGCCAUUUACAUCCCUUGUAUUUUGAUACUUUGGAUCCGAAGCAACGUCACAAUUGCAAUGGGUGUCGUAACAGGAUAGAUGGUCAUCUCCUACGUUGUGAACCUUGUAUCUUUGAUUUGUGUUUGAGUUGCGCUAGUUUGCCAAAAAAGAUAAGGCAUAGCAGCGAUGAGCAUCCUCUCACUCUAUUUUGUGGCGGAAAGACGGGCGACAAGUACUGGUGUGAUAUUUGUGAGAGAGAACUAGAUCCAAAAAAGUGGUUCUACACAUGUUCUGAUUGUGGAGUCACCAUGCAUGUUGAGUGUGUAAUAGGAGAUUUCUCACGUCUCAUGCCAGGAAGCAUCAUUGAUAUUGGUGGAUAUGGAUUUGAGGUGGUUCUUAACAAUCACAACACUCGACCAUUGUGCCGUGAGUGUUUCUCUCGAUGCAAAGUCUCUGUAAUCUUAAAGGAUCUUGAAGAUAACGAAUACAUCUGCUCCCGUUUAUGUUUUCUUAAGUCCCCUUGUGGAAUUAGUUAUGUUUCAAAGAAAUGAGUGGAUCUCUCUUUUUGUUGUUGUUGUCAAAAUGAGUGAAUCUCUAUCAUGUUAUUUUGUAUUAUUUCAUAAGCUCCAGUUUUCUAAUUUUUUUUGAAGUCUAUGUCCAAGGUCCAAUUUAUAAUGUAAUUCUAUAACGAGACAAUGCAUUA